UGACCUUCGGUGUGGCGAUUGCUCAACACCCUCACUAACACACUUCGCAGCUCAUGGCACGCCGACACGGCCGCGCAAGCGUCCUAGGGCCUUUCCUCUGGUGACAGAACGCCAUUGACUGCGUGCGACCCGGGUCUGGGUGCUGCAACAAUGCGGUCGCCCAACCUCGGGGCCGCUGUCGUUCGUGACGUUCUGCUGCUGGUCUUCGUGUCGCAAGUCAUUGCUACCGCCGCCGCGUCCGAUCCACCUACUCCAGACCCCCUCUGGAUCCAGCCCUCUGGCGAGUGGUAUGGCAUCGACGGGACUUGGUCCAACUUUGCCUUCUACGUGGGCUCUCCCGCCCAGGUAGUGUAUCUGACCGUCGCCACGGCUCUGUCCGAGAUAUGGGUCAUCUCAAGUGGCGGCUGUGUUCCAAUACAACUAUGCAUCGAUGCCCGAGGCGGCAUCUUCGACAUCGGAGUGUCCCAAACAUGGCGUCCGCUGGGGAGCUGGCAGCUGGGUAUGAACUACACCGGCACAGGGGGCAACGGGGACUAUGGGCUGGAGACGCUCGCCUUUGUCAACACGGUCGUAAAACAUACGACAGCUAUUGACGGUGCGCUUGUGGCGGCUAUCAACGACACCACCUACUACCAGGGAUAUGUUGGCCUUGGCGUGACCCAGGGCAGGUUCGGGUCCAACCUGACCAACCCUUUCAUCUCGCAGUUAGCCGAAACAUACGGCUCUAUCCCGAGUCACGGCUACGGAUAUACCGCGGGCGCCUAUUACCGCAAUAAUGGUAAAGACAGCGGCACCGUUGCCUCCUUGACUCUGGGCGGCUACGAUACGCUGAGGUUCGUGCCUCAUGGCACCACUUUCUCGCUUGACCCAGUCACUCGACUUCCCACCGUUCGACUACGCGGCAUAACCGCAGAAGUGCCGUCGAUGGAGCAAGCACCCACCAAGAAUUGGACAUCGGCAGCCCACCCGCUUGUCACCAUGGACGACGCUAUUGUUGCCAUCAUCGACUCCUCGACUCCAUAUCUCUGGCUCCCCACCGAGGUGUGCGAGCGCUUUGCGGCUGCGCUGAACUUGACGUGGAGGGAGGAUCUGGGCGUCUACGUCUUCGUUAACGGAAGCCAGUAUAUGCACUAUCAAUCCGACACGUCGCUGUCUUUCACCUUCUCGCUCUCCAGCUAUCAGAAUGCAGACAACUUCGGACGGCCUCUCGAGACACCCGGCGUUGUCAAUAUCACCCUCCCAUCUGCCGCGUUUGCCCAACUUCUGCGCUACCCGUUCAAAAAUGUGGUCCAGUGGGGAGACUCGAGCAUUCCCUAUUUCCCUCUCAAGCGAUCAACCAAGCAAGUCAACGAUAAUCAGUAUAUUAUUGGGCGCGUGUUCAUGCAGGAGGCCUACAUCAUCACCAGCUACGACAGGGCCAGUUACUCGAUCCAUCAGUCCCGCUUCCCCGACAAUGCGGCCACAAAUUACUCGCUCGAGGCCAUCACGCGGCCAGACGAUAGCCCUUAUCCCAAGUACGAGGGGCCAACUACUACCACUUCCGGGCUAAAUGCUGGUCAGAUCACCGGCAUCGUCCUGAGCGCCUUUGUUUCCGGAAGUAUUUUGGCCUUGUUGCUAUGGUUCUGCCUCAUACGCAAACGGAAGGAUAAACAGAAGGAGCCUUCGGGCCAAGAGGAGGACAACGAGGACGGCCCUCGAGCGAUGGAAGAGCGGGAAGAAGCGCAGAAUCCAGUCAAGCGAAUGUUCACCAAAAUCAUCAGGAAGAAGCGAUCAAGGAAGCCCACGGCGCAUGAAACGGAUGGGCGCACCACUCGGCCAAUCGAGGUCGGGGCUGAGGCGGAACAUCAAGUCUUUGAGAUGCCAGUACCGCCUGUGCCGGUUGAGCUGGACAGCCACGACGUUGGCGACGAUGAUACCGAAUUUGGUGUUGAUAGCACGGAGGGACUGAGUCAGUACGAGAUCACCAGGCGGAAACUAGAGCGGCAGAUUCAGGGGCCAGUACCGACUUAUACGCCUACGACAUUUUCCUCUCCAGGGGCUGGGCCGGAGAAGUUGAUGCAUGAUUUAAGCCCUGUUGCUCACUACAGGCCACCCGAAGAGCCGUCGCCGGCGUCAUCCCCGACAUACCCUCCCACCAACGCACUUCCUUCUCCCUUGACACCACAUGGAGAUUGGACGAAUCGUAUGUUUGAGCUUCCGUCACCCAUGACUGUUGCACCACCGCGACAUAUCCUACAAGGCCCUGCGAACGGAUCAGAUUCGGGCGGCUACUCCCCUGUUUCGCCCCAGUCACCCCAUUCGCAACAAACAUAUGCGCCUUCCUCCAUCACCCGCUCAGCCUCGGAUGCCUCUCCCAUCUCGCCGACCGGAUCCGCACAGCCGCCCUCCCCGACGCUCCAGCGAACGCCUAUCGACCCUUCACGAGUGGUGUGCCUAGGGCCCUUACCAGACAAUGUUAGAAUUCCGCGUAUUCAACCCUCACUGCCACAGAUAGUGCCUCCGAGCAGCUCGUCAGCGGGAACUGGUCCAGCUUAUCUGCACUCCCACAGCCUAGCCCUCCCUCGCCCCCUUCACCACCACCGGUCCCAGACCCAGUGCUCGACCGACACGCUCGGCAGUAAUUUUACUGUGGAGGAAGAAGGUCGGCUGAGAACGGACGAAACGACUUCCAAGAAUAGCGUGAGGCAGGAUCAAGAAAGGCAGGACCACGAUUACGAUGUGCCCCGCAGCCCUUGCAGUAUGGAGCGCAUAGAAGCCGGUUCCGAGCUCAUACACGUGCCGCAAGUGGCCGAGAAGCGGUACAGCUGGGAGGAUCAGGAUGACAGCAUCAGUUGAAGGAUUUUGGAUUCAAGCUGACGUCUCACACCUUCUCUCUUCUAUAUCUUUCAAUACCCCCCGUAUAUACCCCGAAGGGACGCGUCUGGAUCUUU